AUAUAAGCAAGGUUUGGACAAAAAGCAAUAGAACUCGUGUCUGCCGAACUCUUUUUCCGAACGGUUUUUUUUUCUGGUUCCGCCGCACUGGCGCGCAGCGCGCAGAACCGCUGCUCUUUUCACACCACCUCAACAAAGUGUGUUGCACCCCAGCACAACACGCCCGAUUUCACCACCCCAACUUUGGAGCCCCGGUCAAACGCCUUCCCGUCUGCUGGCGGGACAUGUCUGCUGCUGGGAGUGCCUCCCAGGGGCUCAAACGCAAGAAUUUCAACGUUUCGGAGAGAGAAGAGGUGGUACGCUACCUUCUCGCCGACAGCGAAGACGGGGUUCGGCAGCAUGGUUCGUACCACAGAGCCGCGGAGAAGUACGGGUGCCAUUGGGAGACCAUAAAGAGGAUUUGGCAGAAGCACGAGAAGCGGGAGGAAUCUGGAGAUCCUAGUUUGUACAUUGGGAACGACCGCAAGGGCCAUUCCGGCUGCAAGGGCAUCGAUAUUGAGAACCUACGUGCCCGCCUCCUUGAGAUUCCGCUGAACGAACGCACGACACAGCGCCGCCUGGCCGCGGCGCUCGGGAUUCCCAAAUCCACACUGCACAACAACCUCAAGGCGCUUGGAUUGAGAGCGCAUUCCAACGCGCUCAAGCCGCAGUACCCCGUAUCCGACGAGGCGUGGCUGAAAGGGACGGCGGCACUCGCGGCGCUGGAGGGGCAAGGGGGGGCCGCAGGAGGGCGCGGGGGGGCUGCAGGAGGGCGAGGGGGGGCUGCAGGAGGGCGAGGGGGGGCUGCAGGAGGGCGAGGGGGGGCUGCAGGAGGGCGAGGGGGGGCUGCAGGAGGGCGAGGGGGGGCUGCA